GAGAGAGAGAAGGCGAGAGCGAGAGAGAGAGAGAGAGAGAGAGAGCGCGCGGAGCGCAUCGCAUCGUCAGUUGUGAGAAAAAGAUGUAAGUCAAAAGAUGGCGGAGCUACAGAUGCUCUUGGAGGAAGAGAUUCCUGCGGGGCGAAGAGCGUUACUGGACAGUUUCACUAAUCUCGAAAGAGUCGCCGAAUACUGCGAGAGCAACUACGUGCAGUCUCCAGAUAAGCACAGAGCACUAGAGGAAACCAAAAACUACACUACUCAGUCCCUGGCCAGUGUCGCGUACCUGAUCAACACACUAGCCAACAAUGUGCUGCAGAUGCUGGAUAUCCAGGCGUCACAGCUACGCCGCAUGGAGUCCUCCAUCAACCACAUCUCGCAGACAGUGGAUAUACACAAGGAGAAAGUGGCAAGACGGGAGAUUGGCAUCCUGACAACCAAUAAGAACACUUCCCGCACCCACAAAAUUAUUGCUCCAGCCAACCCUGAGCGGCCAGUGCGUUACAUUCGGAAACCUAUUGAUUACAACGUGCUGGAUGACAUUGGCCAUGGAGUGAAGUGGUUACUUAGGUUCAAGGUCAGUACCCAGAACAUGAAGAUGGGGGGUCUUCCUCGGACUACCCCACCCACACAGAAACCUCCUAGUCCUCCCAUGCCUGGAAAGGGAACCAUAGGGAGGCACUCCCCCUAUAGGACACUGGAGCCAGUGCGUCCCCCUGUGGUUCCUAAUGACUAUGUCCCCAGCCCGACACGCAACAUGGCGCCUGUGCAGCAGCAGAGCCCUGUACGCACAGCGUCAGUUAACCAGAGGAACCGCACAUACAGUGGGAGCAGUGGCGGGAGUCACCCCAGCAGUCGCAGCAGCAGUCGAGAAAACAGUGGGAGUGGCAGUGUGGGUGUGCCUAUUGCUGUGCCAACACCCUCCCCGCCUAGUGCGUUUCCAGCCUCUGCAGCUGGUGCCACCAGCAGCCCUUCUGCCCCACCUAACUCCACCCAGCUGUCUGUCACAUGCUCUAAUUCUGCCCCCACCCAGUCCUUAACCAACCCCACUGCAGCCCCUGAGCCUUCCCUCACUCUUUCUGCCACGGCUGAGGCCACGCUGAGCCCAGCCGAACCCCCUCCCUCCUCUCAACCCCAUAAUCCUGCUGCAGCCGCUGCCACUUCCUCCACCACCACCCCUGCGCCAGGAAUCAUCCCUCAGUUCUACAGCAUGAACAGGCCUGUGCCCAGACAGAUCACCCCUACAGUCGGAGGCUCUCUUCCCUACCGCCGACCACCUUCUGUCACUGGCCAACCUACCAUGCCUCCCAGCCAGCAGAAUGGAGGACCCUACUACAACCAGGGCCAAGCAGCCUCAGUGGCGCCCCCUCCCCCCUCCAUCCUACAGAUCACUCCCCAGCUUCCUCUGACGGGCUUCGUGGCUCGGGUUCAAGAGACCAUUUCAGAUGCUCCUCCCCCUCCACCCCCCACAGAGGAGAAUGUGUUUGAGGAGGCACAGCCCCCUGCACCACCCCCAGAGGAUUAUGAAGAAGAAUCGGCCGUGGUGGAGUACAGUGAUCCCUAUGCUGAGGAGGACCCACCUUGGGCACCGCGUACUUACCUGGAGAAAGUGGUGGCAAUCUACGACUACACACAAGACAAAGAAGAUGAACUGACGUUCCAGGAGGGAGCCAUCAUCUACGUUAUCAAGAAGAACGAUGAUGGCUGGUACGAGGGCGUGAUGAAUGGCACUACAGGUCUCUUCCCCGGCAACUAUGUGGAGUCCAUCAUGCACUACACAGAAUGAGCCCUGAGCCAACGCUACCCAGGCGCUAAAGCUAGCACGCAUGGGUCUGCACACAGAUAUCCAUAAAAGCAGAUGGGUAUGUUCAGACGUGGGCGAUCUCAGUUCAGUGGUCGAGAAAUGUUGAACGUUGACACUUCAUGGACUGUGCCAGCUUUUCACCACAGACUGAUACAUGGGGAAGAAAUACACUAUUAGAAUACAAAAAAAUUCCAUUAAUAACAAUAAAUCCCAGUGUUUACUGUUAUGUUGGAUGAAGGAUUCUGAGCACAACCACUAUUUUCCUCUGUUUGACUAAGAUUUUAAAAAAAAUGAAGUAGUUUUGUGGUUGAGGACGAGAUAUUUCACGUACUAAAGACGAGGUGCUCACCAUGGUGAAUCUCCCUCUUUAUUUUGGUAUAACUCUAUUUUUGACUUUAAAUGUCCUCAACACAGUGAGUUCUGGGGUCUUGUAUGGGGUUGAUCGAUGUCUUUUGAAAGGGAAAGUUGGCUAGGUUUAUACAGAAAGUAGCUGAAAAAGGGAAACACUACAUUCGUAUUCAGAAAGCAGGAGGCCAGUGUCAAAAAAGAGGGAAAGACUGCAGUAGAAUGCAAUGAAUGAAAGCAGAGGAAGGAGGGAAAAAUACAGUAUUUUAGCGAGUUUUGUGGGUGUCCACUGGACAAGUGUAUUGGUUUAAGUCCUUGAUUCUGUGCUUCUUGACAGAAUCUUUACAGAAAUCUGUAAUUUCCAUGUAUUCAACAGGCAGCGGUUAUCCGAUUAGAUUUUGGUGUGGAAUAACUCCCUGAGCUGGCUACCAAAGUAGCCAGAUCUUAGACAUUAAUCUUAUCCAGAGCUGAAAUCAGAUUGGGUAACUUUUGAUAAAACUGGCCCCAGAUGUUGUGAUUGCUCUUGAGCAAUAACUUCUCAAGACAGGAAUAAGUGUUACACAAUCAAUGGAAUUUUUUUUUUGGUUUGGUAUCUUCCACAGAUAUAAAAUGCCCAGAGAGCAUAAAGGAGAGUGCCAGCUUUCACUUUAUGUAAGACAGAAAUGUUGAACUCCUUUGCAACAACAGUGUUUGAUUCCGUUAGAUGGCAAGUGCAAAUGAGAAGUUCUGAAUGGGCAAGACUGAGAGAGAGAGAGAGGAGGAAGAGUGAAAUAUUGAACUAUUUGCACAAAGAUUUUCACCCUCAGCAUCCUUAACUUCAUCUUCAAGUGUCCAUUUGUAAAGCUGGUGUAUUUUGCUGCUGAGCUGUGCCCGCAUAAUCUGCCUGUUCCUAACACUAAAGUAAGAAAUCGGUCAGCCCUAAAACAUGCAGUACUAAAUAGGGUCUUCAUCAGCUUUGCUUUGUGUAUUUUUUUUUCCUCAUUUUUUUAAAUUAUAUAUAUUGUGUAGUGAUGCUAACCAAAUGGCCAAGUUGGUUUUUGAUAUGUUGUGUAGUGCUACAUAAAUUGCAUGCUCAAUAAAAAUCAAACGUCAUGUUAUUUUAAUUUCACAUUAUUUUUCUCAUCUUUACUUUUGAGUUUAAAGACAGGUAACAUUUUUUUUUAUUUCUCAUCAGCAGGUCAUACAGCUGCUAGGAAUUUUCAGAGUGAAUAACCGGUCAGGUGCUAAUGAAGUAUAUUUUUUGUGGCAUAUUUUAAUGUUACAAUGCCUGUAUAAUGCUUGACAACUCUCACCAGUAAUCGACUCUCUGUACUCCGUUCAUUGUCUAACAUGGUUUGGCUGAUGUUUACAGACCUCCUCUGGAUUAGCUGGGAUGCGUAGUGUCCGAUCGCCAGUUAGAGUCCGCCACAGCGGAAUAUACGUUGUUGUAGAAAAUGGAGGGUAAUACCAGGUUGGAAUAGCAAUAAAACCGCAGCACAGCCAUAUUCCUUACUUGGGUUUGCAAUAAUACCUGGUGAACUGAGAUGUUUAGAGAUGCUAUUUUGUAUUUGCUCAUCACAGAAAGCACAUAGUUUUGAAGAUAAUAAAAAGCAAAGCAAGCAGA